AUGCAUUACGUCUCAUGGACACUUGUCUGGCUUGUAACAUGGCUCGGGUUUGUAUGUGGUGACCUUGGUUCGCUCGAAUUUGAGGUCAGGGCUGCUUGGAAAAAUACGCCGUUUCUGGCAAACUUGAUCGAAUCUGUAGCUGCCUACAAUGAAACUUGGUACGAGUCUGCGGUGGCAGCUUACGCAGGAUUCGGCGACGACGACGACGUGCAAGAUUCAUCAGAAGUAUCAGACGAGGCGAUAUAUCAAAGAAUAAUGGCACAAUUGCCGGCGGAACUGAAAGAUUUCAUCAACUUUGAUUCAGUUUAUAAAAUACAUUCUCCUCGAAUUGCCACCCAUUAUCACCAGUUUGAAGAAGAAUACGGUGGAAACAACUUAAGCAAGCUUGAAAAAGCCUGUUCUACAGACUCAUUUGGCGCAAAAGUGCCGUUUAUCAACGGCCAUCCUCACUCAUUUCUUGUGUUCAACGAUAAAAUUUACUGCUCACCAGAUGAUAUCUACGCCUUACAAACCCAAGACGCCUCCGACUACACACCACUCGAAAUUGACCGUGUGAUCGGAUCACAUACAAAGGCUCCAGUUGUGGUGCUAUAUGGUGUUCCUGGCUCUCCAUCUACCCUCGCAUUCUUGCGACACUUGAUGGCGGAUUCGCAAGCUGGAAAACUUAGGUUCGUGUGGAGAUACUUACCUGCUACAAACAUAGGCGAUUUCAUGGUUGGGUACGGCGUUCAACUUGAGCUUUCCAACCGUACGCUUCCAAAGCAUAAUGUUGAUGAAUUGUGCAUGUCAGUCUUAGCUGAAAAAUCGGCCAACGAACUGUACUACCACUUGAGAGACAUACUACGUUCGCCGUUCUCAAAGCUUAACACAGCUGCUGAAAAAUUGAGACAAGCAUUUUACGACGCCAAAGAUAAAAAUGCCCGUUUGGGACUCACUAAGGCGUCAAAUGGUAUCUAUAUCAACGGAGCCAUUAUCCCCAAAGCUGAGCUUUCUGUUUAUUCGCUUGUAGCAAAGAUUAAGUCGGAACUAAGCAGAAUGAAAAACUUAAAAAGUCUUGGUUUUACUACUACUCAAGCUCGAGCGUUACUUGAAAAGUUUGCCUUACUCUCGGCAGUCAAAGAUGCCCAAUACCGCAAAGGAAAUACCAUCAUGGGUGGAAAUGACAAUCGCUUCCGCGUUUAUCAGGAUGACGGAGUAAUCUUCUUCAAUGAUAUUGAAUCAGAUAAGAAUUAUGUGGAGUAUACCACCGAUGCCCAUGUGGCAUACUUGGAGCAAUCAAAGAGCCUCAGAGUUGGUCAAAUUCCUGCUUUGAGGCAGAAUGUACACGAUUUGAUAUUCGCCGUUAAUCCUAGUGAUAGAAGACAACUUGAAGUGUUCUUUACGCUCGCAAAACUAAUCUUAGACCGAGGUAUACCCCAGCAAAUCGGACUCUUACCUCUUAUCACAAGCAAGACUGACGAAGCUGUUGCAAGAGCAGUUCAUUUCUUGUUCAAAAAAGGUUCCCCACAAGAGGCUCUUGGCUUCCUUUACAAAUGCCUUCAAGCUGAAAAGGGCAAUGAAGAAAUUGCUGAACUCGCUGGUACUAUACCUGUGCCUCCCGAGUACCGUGCUCCUCUUUUCACUGAGUCUACUUUUCGUUAUUCAAUUGAGAAACCUUCUGUGGUCGUUAAUGGUGUCAUAUACGAAUUGCAAUCCCCAGGGUGGCAGACUGCGAUGGUAAACCAGCUUUCGCAGGAUGUGAUGGUUCUUAAACGUCAUUUGGAAACUAACAGUCAGACCAACAUGAAGCAGAUUUUGUACGAAAAUGCUUCUAAAUUCAGAAACUUGCGCAUAUCUCCACAAGAUCCAUCCAGUAUCAUCUAUAAGGAAAUCACCGCCGAUCUUGUGCUGCAUGCAACAACGCUCAAGAUGAAGGCUGAAUCUUCAACCGAACUUCCAGGCACGAUUUGGCUCAUUGGUGACUAUACAACUUCACGGGUUUUGGAACAAUUGCAUGUUCUCCUGAAAUUCAUCAAACGUGAAAAGCGGUUUCAGAUAAACAUGAUUCAUACUGGGACAAACGAAGAUUUUCUAGAAGAAAUGCUUUCAGGAACAAAGGAUACUCAAAAUCUUGAUACAAAGGGCCACAAAAUUCUUCUUGAAAAUAUCAUGAAAUUGAUACCAACUGCGUCGUCUCACAGUACCGUCUGUAGUACCGCACAGCAUUUAUUGGAGAGAAAUAACCUUCCGCUGGCAUACCCCUACAUUUUGUUCAACUCGAGGUUCUUUCGGCUUGAUACAAAAUUUGAUUUGAAAGAAAUCUCUCUUCUUGCUUCAUACGACUCCAAACAGAGAAUGAGCAUCUUGAAAGACCUAGUCGGUGCCUACAAAGACAUUUUUGACAUGAAGUCUUUGAUGGAGUUUGCUCCCAACGAACAUAAAGAAGACUGGUUCGACUUACUUUCCUCCCUCGUCACCACUCUGUAUUAUAACUCGGAGUACAUUACUUCUGGUGACGUUAACAGGUUUGACUUUUCAGGAUUAGCGUAUGACAAUUCUGUUGUUCUUCAGAACGAUGAAGAUGAGGUAGAAAUAGUUGUCAUUGUUGAUCCUAUGGAUUCCUAUUCACGAAAAUUGAUAGAAACGGUUCAUGCUGUGAAGGAAUUCAAAUCGGUUAGUAUCAAGAUUCUCAUGCAUACAACAGAGGAAGACACUGAAACGACAGAUUGUGUCUACUCCUCCAUCAUUCCUAGUGCAAGUCCACAAUUCAGUCAAACGGGGUUGUACAUUAGUGAGAACUCAAUUCAUAUAAGAGGACCGAAGAAUGUGAGCACAAGUUUUACUAUUGAUGCGCCAUAUUCAUGGCAUGUAGUUCCACAGUUGAGCUCCAAAGAUCUUGACAUACAAAAGUUCAAUCUUUCUGAAGAGAAAUGGGCCAUAUAUGAGCUCAAAAGCUUAGUUACUGACGGUUAUGCUAAGGAUAUACUUACCGGUUUCAGCCCUUCUGGCGCAGUUUUGCAAAUGGAGCAGACAAAUUUCAAGCAAGAUACAGCAGUGUUCGGUAUUCUUGGUUACUUUCAGUUUCGAACACCUCCAGGUAUAUUUCACCUUAAGACAAAGUGCUUAGCGGAUGCUGAAAACUGCUACGAUUUACUUUCGGCUGGAAAUGCUUUCAAUGCUAGUCGCGAGAUUGUCAAUCUGGUAAAAAUACCGGUCUUCUCAUUGAACGGGCUUCAAAUUACACCACGAUUGCAGAUCAGUGAAAAGAAGCAAGAGAAAACACAAGGGUCUAAAUUGAACUUUUGGAGCAGUAAAGGUGUCGAAAACACAGGAGAGGAUAUUAACAUUUUCACAAUUGCAAGCGGUGAGCUAUACGAGCAUCUCUUAUCCAUCAUGCUUGCAUCUGCUACGUCUCAUACAAAGAGACUGGUGAAAUUAUGGCUCUUGGAGGGUUUUCUCUCACCAAAAUUUAGGCUGAAUCUUCCAGCUCUAGCAUCUAAAUAUGGAUUCAGUUAUGAGUUCAUCUCCUACAAAUGGCCCAUCUGGUUACGUAGCCAACAACCGGUGCUGCGGACAGUUUGGGGUUACAAGAUCUUAUUUCUUGAUGCGUUAUUCCCACAAGAUUUGAAAAGAGUUAUCUUCAUUGAUGCUGACCAGGUUCUUCGAGCCGACUUGAUGGAGCUUAUGGAAACCGAUUUGCAAGGUGCACCUUAUGGAUUUGUGCCAAUGUGUGAAUCCAAAGAAGAGAUGAAAGGAUAUCAAUUUUGGAAGCAGGGUUAUUGGGCGCAAAUGCUUCAAGAUGACCUUAAAUACCAUAUAAGUGCCUUAUUUGUUGUGGAUCUUGUGGAAUUCAGGAAAAGGCGUGUUGGAGAUAGACUCAGAGCUCAUUAUCAAAAGCUUUCAUCAGAUCCCAAGUCGCUUCUGAAUCUUGACCAGGACUUGCCGAACAAUCUUCAAAGAAUCGUGCCUAUCCAUAGUCUUCCUCCAGAGUGGCUAUGGUGUGAUACCUGGUGUGCGAAAGAAGAACUUGGACGUGCCAAGGCCAUUGACUUGUGCAACGAUCCAACUUCUACUGAAGAUAAAAUUGUGCGAGCUAAAAGAGUGACUUCUGAAUGGGACGACUACAAUGAAGAAAUCUCUCGCCUUUUAAGCGAAAGUAGCAUGGAAUAUUGCCAAAAGCCAGGAGACUUGAAGGACCUGCAAUUGACCUUGAAAGACGACGGCUCGGUCGAGGCAGAUGACUCUGACUACUUCCAUGAUGAGCUAUGA